AAUAGUAUAUUUAUCUAUAAGAUAUCUCAAAUUAUUUAUUUGUCAAACAUCAGUGAACACAACAAACAAAAAGCGUAUUGACAUUUUUCAAUAAUAAAAAAUCAGAAAGAAACGAUUACUAUAAUCUGUUGAAGUUAUUACUGGUCAUUUUGGUUUAUGUUACUUAUUUAUAAUACAACGUCGUACAGCACAUAGAUUCUACUGUAGCCAUUAUGUAUAGAAAUAUUGUUUGAACGAGUUUAACAAAUUACUACACAAAAUGGCAAAGUGUUUAUUAUUCUUCACUGCUUGUUUUAUUUCAACUGUUGUCAAUAUUCCCCUAAACACUAAUUGUGCUCCUGGUGAAGAAUCUUUUCUAAUGGGGUGUAAAAGCUGUGAAGUUGGUUAUUAUAGUCGCGAUGGGCUGGUGUGCAAAAAAUGCUCUACAUGUCUUGACAUUCAAACUCUUCUGAGAGAGUGUAUUUCAACUGAAGACACAUUUUGCUUGUGCCCAGAAGGCACAUAUCUGCAAAAUAAUACCAUUUGUUCAAGGUGCCAAAAAUGUGAAAAAGGAACCUUUCAAGUAGUUGACUGUAGUCAUAACUUUGACCGAGUAUGUCAAAAAUGUCCAAGGGGGCAAACAACAAAUGGUACAAAUUCAAAAACAUGCUUUGUUAAACCUAACCCACCAGAUCUUGUAGAGACAAAAAAAGAAACAGUCAUAAAAUGGCCUUAUGUUGUCGGAGGAGCCGCAUUAGUAUCAGUUUUAUGCGUUGUAUUUUUAAUUUAUUAUUUUCUAGUAAAGCGUUUUAAAACACGGAAAAGAUUUAUAGAUUGCAGAGGAAAAAAUGUUUCGCUGUUAAAUGAGAAUGUACUAUCUGAUUGCGCAACUGAGUUUAACAUCGCGUCCUCAAGCGAAUGUGCUAAUCAAACUUGGCAAAAGCAGUUAAAAGAUGUUCCUGCUGACAUCUUGUUUGAAUUGGGGAAAAAACUAAACCCAGCCUUCGCUAACAACUGGAAAGUUUUAGCUGGUCAGCUGGGUUAUACAUAUGAAGAUAUUGCUCAUUUUGACUUGUCUCCUAAGACAGCGACUGUAGACCUUCUUCAUGAUUGGUCAACUGGAGAGAAUGCUACAUUGAACAUUUUGUACGAUAAACUUAUACUAAUUAAACGGCCGGACGCAGCAGAAAUUGUAAGGCCGUAUUUAUAAGGAGUCUAAUUGAAAAUAAGUUUUUCGCUACCGCAAGCUAAUGACAGCAAUUUUUUAAUCUUUAAUUAUUUUGUCUCGUACUUUUUUUAAUCUACUGUUUUAUGUUAUUAAACGUUAUAUUUAUAAAACUGAAAUUUUUACAUUUUUUAUUUUUUAUUUUGUCAAAACAUUGUUAAAAUGCUACUUUUUUUUCUCAAGCAGUCAUCUUAAUAAUAACCUUCAAUAAUUCAAUAAACUAUGUAACGCAGCAUUUGGAAUAAUAGAAACCAAUAACCAAUUAGUUAUAUAAAAGUCUUAAAAGUCUUAUAAAAGUCUAGGAAAUGAGAAAAAUUUCGAUUAUAGCUGUUCCUAAAAAAUACUACGUUACAUAAUGCACACGUUUUUAAAUGACUACAUGACAAUCUCUUUUUAAUAAAAAAUAUCUACUUUAAAAAGUCUUCUUUGAAAAUUUCCUCAGAUUUUACUUUUUACUAUGUUAUCAAGUUUUGUUUCGUUAUUUAUUUUCUGAUAAACGAUAAAAAGAAAAUUUUAUUAUCAAUUAUUUAUUUGAAGAUUUGAAUUUUAACGGUUGUAUAUAUCUUAGAGUGUUAAAUAUUUUUGGCAAAACUAAAAAAAAUUAUAA